AUGUCUAAACGUGGUGGCGAACGAGCAGACAUUGGACUCAACUCUGGUUCACCAUCUACCUCUACCAUUGACAGUUCCAUCAAACCAGAGACUACAGCUCCAGGCAAUCCCCGAAACAACAAAAGACGUGCUCCCGGUCCGGCAUCAUCUCCAUCAGCCAUGUCUGGUCCAUCAAAUCCUGCGCCUCCUACGGCGAGUGCAGAGGAAGCAAACAUGGGGUCGAUGGCUCCACCGGCGAAGAAAAGCCGCACAAAUACUCCUUGGACUCCUGCCGAAGAGCAGAGGUUGAAGACGAUGAGAGAUGCGGGCAACAGUUGGGCAGAAAUUGCAAAGACUUUUCCAGCAAGAACUGAAGGCAGUGUGAAAAAGCAUUGGUACAAGGAUAUGCAUUAUGCGGAAUUUGCAGAAGACGAGAGUCAGGCUCUCCUCAAUGCCAUCAAAGAAUACGAAACCAAUAAAUGGAAGGUGAUUGGUGCAAAAGUUGGCAAGCCAGCUAAGGCAUGCGAACAAUAUGCGAAAGAACAUUUCGGAAAGUCCUAA